UCAUUUGCAUAGAAAUCCGAUGUGCAUGAAAUUUAAAUACAAUUAAAACCGCAUCAGGCCACAGAUAAACCUUGUUUGACUAUCGACGAUGUCGAUGUUUGAGAAACGAUAGAAUCGAAAGAGAGCUGUUAGAAACACGACGGUCGAGUUUAAAAGAAAUGGUAAAUAUUCAACGACAACGGACGAUUUACGAUAAAUCGGGAGCCAAUAUCAACUUUCAUCGUUCGAAUCGAUCGCGUUCGUUGCCACUGAAUAAUGUUUUCGAGUACCGCCGUCGCCGCUGUCGUUGCGUAAUAUCCCGCGAGCCAGAACGCGAAUGCUUAUAGAUUUCGAUAACGACGUGCACGAUAAUAACAAACGGACCCGAAACUUCUUCGAAGCAGUCUGCGCGUUGCGCGAUCGUUUCCAGUUUUCUCCGAAGUCUCGUCUUUCUUUAACGUUUGCGACGGGAUCCGUUGACAUUCUAUACGAUGGCUUUAACCUGGCGGCUCGUGACCUUAGCGCGGCUGGGUAGGAAUGUACGCGAUCAAAAAUGUCGAUUCUUUUCUGUAAGCUGCUUUCGAUGCGGAACCGUCGUUCCCUUCAAACUAUCGGAUAUCGGAGAAGGAAUUCGAGACGUCACUAUAAAAGAAUGGUUCGUGAAAGCAGGCGACCGGGUGUCUCAAUUCGAUAACAUUUGCGAGGUUCAAAGCGACAAAGCGUCUGUAACGAUUACCAGCCGUUACGAUGGAUUAAUUAAGGCCCUGCACUACAAAGUGGACGACGUGGCACUGAUAGGUGAUUCGUUACUGGACAUCGAAUUGGACGACGAUAAUAAUAGGAACGCGAAAGACGAAAGGAUAGAAAACAAAAUCCAGCCGUUGACAAAGGGCGAGAAUGCGAACGGGCCCGUAAACGAGGGAAUGGAACACGUGCCGGUGAAUGGGCUAGAAAAAGCGCUGGCUACUCCUGCGGUCAGGAGGAUAGCCAUGGAGAACAAUAUCAAGUUAAAGGACGUCGUUCCUACGGGCAAAGGUGGCAGAGUGCUUAAGGAGGAUAUAUUGGCUCACUUGGAAAAAAUUUCUGCUGGUUCUGCGGGAAAGAGGGUCGAGGAAAAAUCAACAACCGGGAAAGCGGUGUCGCUAAAAGGCUACAGCAAGCAUAUGUGGAAAACGAUGACGCAAUCUUUGAGCAUACCACACUUCGUGUACAGCGACGAGUGCAUCGUUAAUAAAUUGAUGGAUUACCGAAACGAGGCGAAGGAGUCCCUAAAAGAGCAAGGUGUCUCUUUGACUAUGAUGCCCUUUCUCGUCAAGGCAGCUUCCAGAGCGUUGGAAAAAGUACCAGAUCUGAACGCGUGGCUCGACGAAGAGAAUCGAACGAUACGCGUCAUAGAGAAUCAUAAUAUUGGCAUCGCUAUGGACACGAGCGAAGGAUUGGUGGUGCCAAAUAUCAAAAACGUUCAAAACAAGACCAUCCUGGAGAUCGCAAAGGAGUUGAACAGGCUUCAAGAACUUGGAAGGAAGGCUUCGAUACCGCUUCAAGAUUUAACGGGCACCACAUUCUCGUUGUCUAAUAUCGGCAUCGUUGGCGGCACGUAUACAAAACCGGUGAUCCUGCCUCCGCAGAUUGUGAUCGGCGCAUUUGGAAAGGUGCAAAAAGUUCCGCGAUUCGAUGACAACGAAAAUGUGAUAGCUGCAAACGUGAUAUCGGUCAGCUGGGCUGCCGAUCAUCGAGUAGUGGACGGCGUUACCAUGGCGAGGUAUUCGAAUCUCUGGAAGUAUUACGUCGAAAACCCCGUACUCCUUUUGAUAGGAGAAUGAUACCAUUGACUUGCAUCGAUGAGAUAUCGAACAAAUAUUUCGAAAGCUCUGUUAAUAUGAACUUUGAAGGGCCUCCCGAAACUGUAACAAUAAAAGUCUGGAAAGCAUUUUUGUACGUAAAUAUUAAUUUAUUUAUUGCUGCACAACCAACUAGGACUUUUCGAUAAAGGUAAAAUAUCUUUUUUUUUUUUUUCUAACAUAUUCGAAAUGUUACAAUUGUAUGGUAGUUAUUAUACGAUGACCAGUCGAACUGUGAGCAGUUUUGUACAUUAAUCUAUAGACAUUGUCAUACGAGUUACUCAAAUAGAAGGUGUACAAAAAAAUAUCUUAAGGAAGUGGCUGUACCGACUAAUAUCCUUUGUGUAACGAUUGCUCUUUAUAAAAGAUUAUUCCGUCUUUAAAGCGGUAGAUCGACAUUAUAAGGUAUAGAAUCAGCGGAAAAGAGUAUUUGAUAGAGAAUCGAAACCCAAAUAAAAGUCUCUAUAACGAGUACGACCACUUAUUCAUUUAUAUAUUUGUAAUUUGUAUAUACAUAAUUUAAUGUAUCGCAUUUUCAAUCACUCAUAUCUUGUACAAUCAUUCCAUUCCCUUAAAUGCCACAUAAAUAUUUACUCAAAAAGUAGUCAGUCUGUUUAAUAGUAGAAUAGUAGAAAAGAUUGUAUAUGUAUGUGUGCUCGUGGUCCAAAAUUGUUGUCGCGAUGAAUUUCUCUUGCGAAACACUAACGCAAAACCAAUAACGGUAACGUUGUAAUACUUUAAACGAAAUAUUUAAUUCUGUUAAGAAACUUACCACGCAUACGAGAGUGAAUGUGUACGCUUGCUUAUUGUAACUAAUUACAUAAAAGUGUUUGUUUAAACGUAAAUGCAUAUAUAAAUAUACCAUUUUUCUUUAUCAUAG